UACGUAUCACGUGUAUUUGCGACUUGUACGGUGUGUUAGUGCGUGGUAGCACAAGUGUAUUUGUACCACGUUUAAUAACAAUGCGAAGAGGCUGUUCUUCAACAAUUAGAAAUAAUAGACCUCUGAGAAAGAUCACUAUGCGUUUUGAUAAGCUCCUUGGUAUCUAUUGAAAAAUUGUGUAUAUUUUUUUCUCUUCAAAUAUAUUGUUUUCAAAAAAUUAUAUUUGAAAGAUUUGCAAUCAAACGACAUAAUUAUGAACGUAAAUAGCGUUGAGGAAGACGAAGAUGUCGUGAUAAAGGGUAGUGCUCUUUACGAACAUCUGUUAAAACUGGGGUAUACAGACUUUGAAAGCGUAUCACUGCCGAAGCAACCAUAUCUCAAGAAAACGCAUCAUUUUAAUAUUAAUAUUAGAAGAAGCAUAAAACAGAUUUAUGCAAAACUAUUUUCUUGUUAUUCCUGGAUAACACAGGAAAAAAAUAUUUCUGAAAAGCAAUUAAGCACCAUUUUGAAUGCUGAUGGUUUAUUGAGCGAUCACUUUUCCGUGAUUAACAAUUUUGUAACUCAGUGCAAUAAUAAUUAUAAAAGACUAGCACCGCAAGAAUUAAUAAUGACUGGAGUUGUAUUAAUUUCUUCAACGUGUAUUUCAAUGUGCAAAAGCAAACUAUUGCCAAUAUUGGUUACAUCAUCCGCAAUCUGUUGUUCUAGUUAUUUAAAAUGUAUUCGUUUUUAUGCAAAUAGCAACUUGACAAGAAUGAUAUCGUUACAAAAUGACCUUCUUGGUUUGUGUAAAGAAGGUCUGAAAAUUUUGCGACGUGAUUACAAAAUGAAAGUAGGUUUUGAAACAUGUCUUUCGCAAUACUCUCAGUUUUUAGAAGACAAGUUGAAACAUCUACAACCUCUAACAGAGAUUUUAGUGAAUUUCAUGGAAGAUAUUUCGUUCUUGUAUUGUCAGUGUUCCUUAUCCAUCGCAAAGUUAUUGCCACCAGAUUCACUCAAUAAAGAAUCGUUUGCAAGCUUUGAAAUCACCUCAUUCAAAUUAUCCGGCGAGAUUAAUUAUCAGUCAUUAAAGAAAUUAUAUCACACUUAUCUUCUGGUGCAGUCGGAAAUGCUUUACUUACUAGCUAUCGCAUAUAAUAAGGACACUUGGGUACAUUCUUCUCAAAGAAUUCCCGAAACGAACCUAGCUUACAUAAUUCAUAUCUUAUCCAAAACACUAGCAGCCCACAAGGUCAGGUUGUCGGAAAUUAUCACUACUUAUCACACUUCCAAGCCAGAACCAGUUCGGUACAGGUCUCAACACAGAGCUAAAUGGCAAGAUCCAUCGAUUCAAUUGGAUCGGGCGUCGUACAAAUUGCAACUGGCUUACAACAAGGUGUUCUCGAUGUUCAAAGACAUCGAUGAUUACGUCGCUCAAGAAUCUGGCAUCGACAAUGACACAGCUAAGGUACUUAUGCGAAGAUUGGAUGUAGCAUUCAAGGAGAUCGAUAUAGCCAAAAGUCUGGCGGAAUUUGUCGUUUUGUUGCUGGCAAGAUCGGGAUUCGACAAUCUGAGAAACGAUAACGAACCGAUGACGACAACCGAUGAUAUCGCGACAAAUCAAAGUUCCGAUCUACCUCGACUAAUCGACUCGUAUCCGGAGAUUCUCGACGAAGUGUUCGAGGAGUAUAUUAAGGAGGAUUACGUGGAACACGAAGAAACGAACGACGAGUACUCGUUGGAACAACAGAAGCUGGAUAGACUUCUGGCGAAGAGUUUUAUGACCGAGUUGAAGGAAGCGUUAAUCGACAAACACAAAUCCAUGUCCGAGCGAGAAUCCAAGGCGUUGCAACGUAUUUAUAAUAAAAAUACGUCGCAAGAUCCGUCGAAGAGCGCCAACGCUGGUGUAAACAAGAACGUUGUACCCGUUCCACCGCCGAUGCCUUCUUACUUCUUAUGGUCAUUAGGAACCAACGUUAAUUGCAAUUCGAGUUCCAGAGAAGAACAGAUUUCUCCCGCGAAUUCCAAUAUCGAAACCAACAACUCGUCUAUCCGAGAAGAUAUCGACGAAUCGGACGAAGAAAUCGAUCUCGCGAGAGCGAGAAAACUAAAUUACAAAAACGGUGUUUUUAAUACACUUUCGUCUUCCGAAGUCUGGGAGAACAACGAUGAAGAGUCUCGCGCGUUCUUGCCGCAGAUUCUCGUUGAAACUCAAGCUACGCGGUUCGUUCGGAAGCUGCCACCCGCCUUCCUUCGGGAAGAAACAUUUAUAGGUAGCGGCGAAAAUUCUGAGGACGAGAUCGCGGACAACGCAAGCGAUAACGAAGAUAACGAGAACAAUACUGAAUAUAAAAACAAUCGGAAACAAGUCCGAUAGUUGAUAGUUGAAUUAAUUUUUAUAUCCAAUGCCUUCUUUUUUUAUAAAUAAAAUGCAUCGAGUGC